UAGCAGAUGUUGUGGAAGCAGCCUUAGACACUUAGCAUGCACGAACACCUCAAAUAAAUGGCGUGUUUUAAGAGGGAAUUGUACCAGCAUUGGCUGUUUUUUGCAGUAUUUCUGCCAAUCUCAGGUGUGUUAUGCUUCAGUGAGUUAUUCUUUGUUAAGGAACCACGCGAUGUGAUAGUUUUGCGUAAGGACGCCGUGGUUUUGGACUGCCGGGCCCAAGGGGAAGCCCCUGUCCACGUCCGCUGGUUAAAAAAUGGUUCUCCGUUCGCGGAGUCAGAGCGGGCUUACCUCCUCGCCAACGGAUCGUUGUUCAUAUCGGAGGUGGAGAAUCGUAGAGGAGACCAGUCGGAUGAAGGCUUAUACCAGUGCCUUGCUCAGAACAAAUACGGAGCUAUCCUGAGCCAGAAAGCUCGCCUGACUAUCGCAAGUAUUUCCACUUUCACACAGCAGCCUUCCCCCAUCGUGGUGACCGAGGGUUCCGUCGCACGUUUCACCUGCAAAAUUGGCGCUACACCCCCUCCAAUCAUCACCUGGGAGUUUAACCGCGUCACCUUGCCAUUGGCCACCGACAGAAUCACGGUGCUGCCCACUGGGGUGUUGCAGAUCCAGGGAGUAGAGCAGAGGGAUGCUGGGAAUUACCGCUGCGUGGCGGCAAACAUCGCCAACCGCCGGCGGAGUGCCGAGGCCGCGCUCACCGUUACGCCAGCUCCCUUUCCCAGAAUUCCCCAGCGACCGCGCAUCAUUGCCGGGCCACAGAACGUUACCGUGGCAACGCACGGUAGCGUCCUCCUGGAGUGCGUUGCCGUGGGGAACCCUCGGCCACUCAUCUCGUGGAGUCGUGCUGACCACAAGUCCAUUGACGUCUACAACACCAAGGUGCUCGGCAACGGCAACCUGCUGAUCUCUGAUGUCAAGCACGAGCAUGGCGGUGUUUACAUGUGCAGGGCCACAACGCCCGGCACCAGGAACUACACCGUCGCCGUCGCUAACAUUACUGUCCUUGCACCCCCGUCUCUGCUGGAAUGGCCGGAGAGUUUGACCCGACCACGCGCGGGCACGGGCCGCUUUGUGUGCGAGGCUGAUGGGGUGCCCCGCCCACGCAUCACCUGGCUGAAGAACGGAGAACCCAUCCACUCUAACGGACGCAUCAAAAUGUACAACAGUAAACUGGUGAUAAACCAGAUUAUUCCAGAGGAUGAUGCGAUUUACCAGUGCUUGGUGGAGAACACUCAGGGUUCAGUUCUAUCCACCGCGCGUCUGAUCGUGGUGAUGUCAGAGGACCGGCCCAGCGCGCCCCGCAACAUACGUGCCGACACCGUGUCCAGCUCGGCCGUCCUGCUGGCCUGGGAGAAGCCGCUCUACAAUGCUGACAAAGUCAUCGCCUACUCCAUUCACUACAUGAAGGCAGAAGGCCUGAACAAUGAAGAGUACCAGGUCGUCAUCGGCAACGACACCGCCCGCUACAUCAUUGAUGACCUGGAGCCGGCGCGGAACUACACCUUCUACAUCGUAGCAUACAUGCCGAUGGGCGCCAGUCGCAUGUCAGACCACGUCAUGCAGCACACACUAGAGGAUGUUCCUCUCCGCGCUCCCGAGAUGUCUCUGACCAGCCGAAGUCCCACAGACAUCCAGGUGUCAUGGCAGCCCCUGUCACACAAGCUGAGCCGUGGCCUCAUCUCCGCGUACCGCCUGUGGUACCGGUCCGGUUCGGACGGAGCAGCCACCCAGGUGGAGCUGCCUGGGCACACGGUGCAGCACCUGCUGGAGGGUCUGCAGCCGGACACAGUUUACCUUCUGCGGAUCGCGGCCGCCACUGCGGUCGGGUGGGGGGAGGCGUCAACCUGGAGUGCUCACAGGACCCCCAGGGCAUCCAGCCAUGAAGUGCCCCUGGCACCAGAACUGCAGUUAGAGUCCCUGAACUGCACGACUGUCGCUGUGCGUUGGCGUCUGGCUGUGGGCACGUCCGCAGCCCACCUGCGGGGUUACAAGCUCUUCUACCAUGAGGAGAGCCAGCCCGAGAACGCUGCCAUUCAGCUCCCCGCCCACCUGAAACACCACACCAUCGGAGGGCUGGACCCCAGGAAGAAAUACCAUAUCAAGCUCCUGGCCUUCAGCUUCCUCGGGGAGGGUUACCAGGCUGACCGGACCAUCAGCACCCCGGGAUGUGUCUCGGUGCGUGAUCGGCUGGUGCCGCCCCCUCCGCCGCCCCAUCACGUGCAUGCGCGGGCAAACAGCUCCAGUGCCGUGCUCCUGAACUGGGCUCGACCCGCCUUCACCGGUGCCCACACCAUCAACUACACGGUCCGAUGUAACCCGGUGGGCCUGCAGAACGCCUCACUGGUGCUGUACCUACAGACGGGGGAGCAGAGCCUGCUGGUCAAGAACCUGGAGGCCAACACCCGCUACGAGUUUGCCGUGCGCUUACACGUGGACCAGCUGUCCAGCCCCUGGAGUCCUGUGGUGUACCAGAACACCCUGCCGGACGCUCCAGCCACGCCCCCGACGGGAGUGAAAGUAACUCUGAUUGAAGGAGACACAGCGUUGGUGUCAUGGAAACCACCUAAUGAGGCCAACGUUGCUGUGACACGCUACACCAUUUUGUAUGCGUCACGAAAAGCCUGGGUUACUGGCCAAUGGCAGAUCCUGCAGAGAGAAGGGAGUGUUACCAUGGCUCUGCUGGAGAAUCUGCAGCCCGGCAACGUGUAUUUGGUGAAAGUAUCAGCGUCUAAUCAGAUGGGAGAUGGACCGUUCUCACCCGCUGUGGAGCUUACUGUUAACGCAGACAGUCCCGCCUCUGGACACGCCUCCGGACACGCCUCUCGCUCUCACGGCUCCGCCCAUGCCACUGUAUUUUACGAUGGAUUUUCCCAUCUGGAUCAGAGGUCGAUAACGGGCAUUAUUGGGGGGGGAUGUAUCGCUCUCACCUGCAUCCUGGUCUGCGCUCUUAUCCUGGUGUGUCGUGGGAAAUCCAGGAAAUCAUGUACCAGCAAAAUCGUCAGGCAGGGACAAAGUCAAGCACCGCCUACUACCGUCCACAUAGCCAAUGAAACUCAAGCUCCAAGUUCUGGUGUUAUGGUUCCUAUGGUGACGGAGCACUUCAUUGAUGCAAAGGGUGGUUCAGACCUGCUCAUAAACAGUUCUGGCCCUAUCAGAGCCCCAGCAGAGAGCAAGAAGGUGCAGAGAUGGAGGAUAUUUCAGAGGAGUGAAAAGAGGCUCCCUGGGUCCUCCUGCCUGUACCAGCCUGGCUCCACCCUCCUUCGAUACACCAGCGAGCCUGGCUCCACCCUCCUGUGCUACACCGGUGAGCCGCACAUGCUGCAGCAGCCCUCCUUACUGCAUGCCCUGCUGGGGUCACCGGGGGGCGACGCUGAGGCCUCCCACUCUAGCGAAGGUAGUCACGAGACCGGCGACUCUGGCCGAUACUCGCACGACGAGAUGGAGAUGAACGACGUGCCGUCGGGCGCGAGCAGCUGCCCCGCGUCCCUAGGCAGGGACGAGAGUGGUGGGCCGGAGGAAUGCGCAGGUCACGUGGUGGAGGAGCAGGAGCUGGUAGAGAGGACAUCGCCACCUACUGAGCAUCGGUCGUUGUGCUCGCCCUCUAGUGGUGAGGUGUCAUAAGUUCCCACCCUGACCCUCAUCCUCAGAUCCUGAAGCUCCUUCCCUCGUAUCUGCUGCUGUGGACUGCCGAGCAGAGGUCUCCCAAUCCCAAGGCUUCUUUGCAAUGCCCUCUAACCUGGGUGGGCUGCGUUUGGAGUCUUUCCUCUCAGUGAAUGUAUUUUUUUUGUUAAGGAAAAAAAAACAACUCACCCACCGUGAAUGUCUUUGAACAGAUUGUCCAAACAAUGUGAAGUGUGUGAUAUUGCAUUUUCAGAUGUUAUUUAAGUGAGUGUAUCACUGGAGGAGGAGCGCCGUGACGGACUCUCUCUACGUUAUUAAUGGGUUAGCUCAGUCCAGAACUCUGUGGGGCUAACAGUGACCCUGCUAACUGGCUAGGAUGACAAUGCUAACUGCCCAGUUCCGUUCACUGUUGACCACAUCAGCGCUUUGGACACUUUAACUCUUAGUUAAAGUAACUCUUAGUUACGCCAUGGUAAACGGCAACUAUAUAUUUAAUAUCUACUUAUACAGACGUUUUAUAAGGAGCCUUCUCUUCUACAUGACAACCGAUACUUCCUGACAGCAAUACUUUUGCUCCUGCUAGCUUAGCGUUUGUCUGUUGUCUGUUGUCUGUUGUUGUCUGUUGUUGUCUGUCUGUUCUUGUCUGUCUGUGUUUCAGUCGUGAAGUUGGACUGUAAGGGUACUAAGUCUUGUGUUUUCAUGAUCUACCUCAGACUUUAUGAAUGUUGAACUUUAGUUAGUGAUGACAUAUUUGAUGUUAUCAUCACCUUUAGGUAACGAUGUCAUCCGCUUUUGACUUUGAUUUUAUUCCAGAUGACAUUAACUUCUCAGGUUGGUCAUAUGAAUGUGUUUGAUAAUGUGUCUGUGCCCUUACAGUGCCUGCCUUAAACUACCUCAUUCUAAGUCUUGUUGUAUUAUUUAGUGUUGUACUCGACUCAGGGACUCAAGGUUUGGUACAUUUGGUGAGCCAUGUGGCUGUUUGGAGGGACAUUGUGCGAUUGACAGGGUAUGCUUGUGGAGCUGGGUGGCUCUCGCUGACCUCUGGUGGAACUGUGUGUUGUGUUUGAUGCCAGUUUGGAUUCAGAGGCUUGAGAAGCCUGCUCACAAGUAAAAAGGCCGUCCAGUAGGAAUUAUAUGUCUGUGGUAAAUCAGGUUUUCUUUUCAAAGUGUUAUUUUUAUAAUUUUCUUAUGUUUUCAUACAUUGAUACUGACAUCGUUUAGUUCCUACAGGAAUAUUUCAAACCCAAGAUUGUUAAUUAUGAGUGAAAACGAGCCAUACUUUGUUCACAUUUUGCCGAUGUGAAUUUUCUGUUUGGUGCCCAAAUCCUUUCAUUCACUGUUAGCAUGUUAGCACUGCAAUAGCACCUUUGGGUAAAACAUUCCUGUGAGAGCUUUGUACACAACUAUGGCCUUACGCUGGAGUCAGAAAGAGAUUAGUUCUUGUGGAGUCCUGUUUGUGAGGGGAUUCUCUAGAGCACGGAGAUGGCUAAAGAGUUGAAUCAUAGAAAAAGGUGAGGAAAUAUGAAAACCAAAAAAACCUCCUACCUCCAAAGAUAUGUAUUUUUCUUGACGUAUAUGGACUACUGGGUACGGAUUCUAGUUACUUUCUUGUCUUUUAAUAUAGUGGAUGCUUUUGUAGAAAUGUGAGUUUUUAGCACUUGUCCUUUAGAUGUUAGAUCUCGCAAAUGUGCAGCGGUGACAAAUGCCAGCGUCCGCCGAACUGUUUGCUGUUUGAUCUUUCCGCUGGUCUUUGGGACAGUGUGAUGAUGACAAUGAGUUUUCCUCAAACCAGACCAAAGAUGAAAGUCCCAGGGACCAGCACAAAGACUCAGCUGCAAACCAGCAGCUGGAAAUCUAGAAUUACGUGGAUUUUACAGUAUCUGUAAUGUAUGAAUGUUGGUGUAGUAGAGCUGAAAUUCUAGAUUCCUGGGUGAGUUUAGUCUGUGUGGGUAUAGCUGUGGAGUAGAGGCUUGAGACGUUGCUUUUUGCCCUGUGAGACGCCAUGCCGGUGUGUGUCCCCGUAUGGCGAUGCCAUGCCGGUGUGUGCCCCCGUAUGGCGACGCCAUGCCGGUGUGUGUCCCCGUAUGGCGACGCCAUGUCGGUGUGUGUCCCCGUAUGGCGACGCCAUGCCGGUGUGUG